CGGGCGGGGGGGGGCGCGCGCUCGGCGGCGCCUGCGCUUCCGGGUUCCCAGCCGGAGCCUCGGGGCCGCGGAGCAGAGUCACUGCCUUCCAAGAUCCAGCCCCCAUCCUGUGUCAUGUGAUCAGAGUUAGGUGGCAGCAGGAGUUGAAAUGCAUUCCAGUCACACAACUGAAAAUGGACCUGACCCCAAGGUAGUUAUACAGUUGAUCAAGAAGCAGUUGGUGAGUUCCAUCAAGGGACUGCAGAAACAGUAUGUGACCUCUGAUGCCGUUGUAACCAGUGACACUGACGAUGCUAAUGCCCUGUGCUGUGCACUAGAGGCUGUGUUUGUGCAUGGACUGAAGGCGAAGUACAUAAAAACAGACGCUGGAGGAAAAGUGAAAAAACCAUGUGGCCGUGCACCUCUUCCCCAGCCUGUCUUCUGGGGCUUGCUGAAAACCAUCACGCACAGAAACAUCAUUUUAGAGCUGGAACAGUUAAGUUUUAUCAGCACGGACGUGGGGCGCUGCCGUGCCUGGUUAAGGCUUGCCUUGAACGAUGGCCUCAUGGAGUGUUAUUUGAAGUUACUGCUUCAAGAGAAGUCCAGGCUGCCUGAGUAUUAUCAGACAUCAGCCCUGCUUCUGGAUGCAGAGGAAUGUGAAUUUCUGCUUAGCUUCUUGCAGGGGUUAACUUCCCUGACCUUCGAAUUGUCCUAUAAAUCAGCAGUUUUAAAUGAAUGGACUGUAACUCCCUUGUCCCUGUCUGGUCUUUGUCCUGUUUCGGAGCUUCUGGAGCAUCUAACAUCCUCCAGUUCUGAAUCCCAGAGAAAGGAGUCCCUGGGUUUGGUCUCACGUUCUUCGGGAUCUGAUGAUAUUGAAGUUCAACCCAGCACAUUGGCCCUCAGCAAAAAUGAGGACAAAAGUAAACGUAUGUGCUCCACGCUAAGCCUUAACACUAUGGGUUCAUCCCAGCUGUCCUCCAGCCUUGGCUCUGAUGGCCUCCUGCAGGCCAGCUGCACUAGAAGUCCUGAUAGGUGUGAGGAACCCCUGUCGUGUGACUCUGAUUUAGGGACAGCAAACACAGAGGAUUUAGACAGAUCUCUGCAAGAGGUAUUGUCUGAAUUCAGACAAGCACAGCAAGUCUCUGAACCUACCGAAGAACCGCUCCGUCCUAAUCUAUUGGCACCUGCCCCAUUGCAGCCCGCACUUCCUCCUGCAGUCUCCAGAGCCUCUCACCUGCAUUUAAACGUAACAGCGGAGAGCACUCUUUGUUCUGCACCGCUUCCUGACACCGAUAACCCACAGUCCAUCCAUGCGGAAGAUCUAGCUAAGGCCAGCAAGAUACCAGAUCCUCCUUCACAUGUUACGGGAAUCCAGUUGUUGUCUCAGCCAAUCAUAACACACAAUGGUGCAGCAGACAAAGAUUCGUCCCAACAGCUUUACAUUAUUAAACCAGAGGAUAAAGAUGGAACCAGUGAGAUAGAUGGUGAUAAGAAAAGCCAAGAGGAUCUCAGCCCAGUGACAGAAUUCUUUCUUUCACCAGCAACAGCUUGUCCAAAAAGAAGGAGCUGGAUAUCAGAAGACGAUUUCUACAGGCCUUCUCCAGAAGGGAGCAGUAAAGGCCUAACUGAUUCUUAUGGGUCCUCUCUUGAGGGGGCCAGAGAAGGCCAGUCCGCAGAACUGAUCAGUGCACUCGGUUUGGAGCAACCCCUCUUAUCCUCUUCAAAGACUGGGAAGCCCAAGCCAUCCCCUGACCAAGAACAAAAGGGCUUCCAUGUUGUUCAUCGCAGGCAGAUCGGUCUUUCCAAUCCAUUCCGAGGCCUCCUGAAGCUGGGCAAUCUGGAGAGGAGGGGAGCAAUGGGCCUCUGGAAAGAGUUCUUCUGUGAGUUAUCCCCGCUGGAGUUCCGCCUCUUCCUGGACCACGAAGAGCGGAUUUACAGUGAGAAUUACUCUCUGCUGCGAUGCGAGUCGCAGGGGCUGGUUCACAGUGACGGCCGGUUUGAGCUGGUGUUCUCUGGUAAGAAACUGUGCUUACGAGCGCCUUCCCAAGAUGAAGCUGAGGACUGGCUAGACAGGAUACACGAGGCUCGAUGCAAGUGUCGGCCUCAGCAAGAGGAGGAAUGGGAGACGCUUGACUGUCCAGAAGACGACCUUGAAGGACACACAAUUGGAGUGUUGCUCGGUGACUCAGCUGCUUUGCUCCAGUACAACAGAGCUGGAAAUGCCUGUGAUUGGACGUCUUCUCUUGCACCAGAAUUAGAUGCCAUUAAAGAAUCGGUUCUUUAUAUGGAUGUAGAUAAAGCUUGGGCUCCUUUUAUUUUUUCCUUGUCAUUAGAAGCUUUAAAAUGCUUUAAAGUAAAGAACGAUGAAAAAACAUUAAGCAACAGCUAUGGAAUAGAGACAAUCCAAGACAUUCUUCCCGACACGAGUCUUGGUGGGCCUGCGUUUUUCAAGGUGAUAACCUCUAAAGCCAUCUUGAAGCUGCAAGCUGAGAGUGCUGAUGCCGCCGCAGCAUGGAGGGGGCUUGUUCGUAGAGUAUUAACCUCAUAUCUUGAAACUGCAGAGGAAGCCCUGACACUUGGUGGCAAUUUGGAUGGGAAUUCUCAGGCAAUCUUGAAAAACACUGUAAAGGAAAAUGGCUUUUUCUUACAAUAUCUGGUGGCCAUCCCCAUGGAGAAAGGACUGGACUCCCAGAGCUUCAUAUGUGCAGGUUGCUCCAGACAGAUUGGACUCAGUUUUGUGAAACCCAAACUUUGUGCAUUCUCUGGCCUCUAUUACUGUGACAGCUGCCAUCAGGACGACGAGUCUGUGAUUCCAUCGCGCCUUAUCCACAACUGGGACUUGACUAAAAGAGCAGUUUCUCGACAAGCUUUAAAAUUUCUGAAUCAAAUCCGCAUUCAACCUUUAAUCAAUCUGAAAUUGGUGAAUGAAAGCCUGUAUGCUCACGUGGAGAGGAUGAGUCGAAUCUGUAGAAGCAGAGAACAGCUGAAACUACUUGGUGAUUACCUUAUAAUGUGUCGCAGUGGGGCCCUGAAGGAGCUGAGCAAACGACUGGGUUAUCGGGACUAUCUCUUGGAAUCACCCCAUAAAUACAGUGUCGCUGAUCUGAGACAGAUAGCCGAUGGCAUAUUUGAAGUGUACCUGCAAUCUCUGAUCCAGUUUGCUUCCCACCAUGUCUAUAACUGUGACCUCUGUACCCAACGGGGUUUCAUCUGUCAGAUGUGUAACAACAGCAGCAUCAUUUUCCCCUUUGAGUUCGACACAACCACCCGAUGCAGAGAUUGUAAAACUGUCUUCCACAGGUGCUGCCAAGACAGCAUGAAAUCUUGCCCCCGCUGUGAACGCCGGCAGAAAUACCAGCAACAAUUGCAAGCGGAUGUCCUCAUGGAACCAAAUAUGUAGUGAGCAGCUUCUCACAGAUGGACUCUACACAGGCCUUUGCUCAUCUGCAAACUUGUGACCUGGACACUGUGCAAAGGAAGGGAAAAGGGAGUGCAUGCCAAGUGCCAUUCAGUCCUAGAAAAUACAUUCCUACCACUGGUUGGAGCAGCUCCUGCAUGCAGAUGUUCACCAGGGUAGGAAUAGCCUAAACUGUACAGUGCUGUGAGGAUGCCUAGGACAGGUGCAUCUCCUCAUGUACAAGCAGAGGAUACUGCUCCUGUGGGUGCUGAGAAGAGAGCCAGUGAAGUAAAAGCCUGCUGGAAAAGAUCAGUGACUCGCAAAGUAAUGGUGCUUUUAUUCACACUACCUGGUGCUGCUUAUUUUUUGCUGAAUGUCCCUCCCUGCGAAAGAAGUGUGUUCCAUUUACUGAGCUCCACUGGUUCCCAUCUUAGAGGAGAUACUACUUGGGAUGGAAAUCUGAUAGAUUUCCUGUGUGUAAAUCCACAAGGUUUGCAGUGGAGUGCCUGUAACAGAAGUAUGUUAAAGGUAUAGUUUUUUAGGAUAUUUGCAAUACUGGAAACCAGAAUUUUUCAUAUGUGACUUUGCACAGGAACUGCAUCUCACCUGCUUGGGAAAUAAACAUAGCAGCUACCUGCAGCCAAACUGCAGGGGAACUUUUCAAGAAAAACAAAAACAAAACCUGAAGCUGACAUGAAGCUCUUGUGCCUUUAACACUUUGUCCACAGUGGCUGCUUAGUCCUGCUGUUUUUGUGCCAUGUGCCAAAUGGCUGGGGUAUACUGUGUAAGAUGAGAUGUCCAGAAGUCCCCCUGUGAGAGGAGAGACCAUUCUUCUCUUCUGCAGAGAAACCUUGGGCUCUUCCACAUCUAGCAUCCACCAAGAAAAGAGGUCUUUUAAAUAGCAAAACAAAAAAACCCAGAUCCUCCUGGGCUGCUACUUUUUAUUUCUUAGCCAAUAAUGAGGCUGCUACUAGAUUUUAUUUUCCUUUCCCUCUGAUAUGGAGAUUAUUAAAGUCUAUCUAAUAGGGAA